AUGCUAGAUCCUAAGAGUACGUUUUUAAACGAUAUGCCCAUCUCGUACCUUCCUGGGCGUUCAGAAAUCGAGUCACCCACCAACACAUUCGGUGGAACUGUGCAUUAUUUGCUGGCUGUGUAUAACGCUGAGUUGGAAUGGAAGCGGAACGGCAGUGCCUGGAGUACAAAUGCAACUGGACGGCAGGCAGAGACUACCUUUCCGGAUACCGCCAAACUUGAUUGUGACUAUGACCCUUUUACCGAAGGAAGUUAUGAGCCCAGCCGAUGGGGCGCAUUAGGUCCUUAUCCUGUCACCAGCCCGAGAUUUUGCGAGAAUACUCUGUGGAGCAUGUUUGAUUACAAUAACAACUUCACUGCUGUCUAG